AGUUUUUCCUAUCAGCCAAUCAGCACACCCACAGGGCUGGGAAACUUCCUCCCAUAGCCACUCCCCCGCUCCAGCAGAGCCACAGCAUUAUCCAAGAGGACUGUUCCGUCUCCUGUCAACACUCUGCCACUCUGUGUCACGACAAAAGUCUUCUCUCGUUCCUGGAACAGGAGCCGACGAACGCUCGUCUGUCCAAGGAAGCAGAGGGAACGGGAGCUGUUUCAGUCUUCUUCUUGCCUCUGUUCAUUGUUUUAAGUUUUUAUCUAUAGUGCUGGCGCACUGCAGGAAUACUUCCAAAACAAAUAAGGAGGGGAGAGAGCCAGGUGCCAGCCUCCUGCAAACUUGGCAGGCCUGCCAUAAAGCGAACUGGUGAGACCGGCCCUUGCAGUGCCUCUAGCCAAUGGCGGACAGUCCGGCGUCCGAGCCGAGUCCGGCUGGGCUCCCCUGGUACGUGGCGGGAUCCCAGCUCCUGGGCCUGGCCUGCGUGGUCAUCACCGGGGUGUGGAUGGGUCACUACCGGGGCGGCUACGCUUGGGACGGCUCCGCCCAGGAGUUCAACGUGCACCCCCUCUGCAUGGUCCUGGGACUGGUCUUCCUCUACGGCGAUGCCAUCCUGGUUUACAGAGUGUUCCGAAAUGAGAACAAACGCACCGUCAAAAUCCUCCACGCUCUGAUCCACGUCAUGGCCCUCAUCAUCAGCAUCAUAGGUUUAGUGGCCGUGUUUGACUUCCACGCCAAAGCCAAGAUCCCGGACAUGUACUCCCUGCACAGCUGGUGCGGGAUGCUGACGUUCGUCCUCUUCUGCCUGCAGUGGUUGAUGGGCCUUAGCCUCUUCCUGUUCCCUGGGGCGUCGCCGUGGCUGCGCAGCUGGUACCUCUCCCUCCACGUCUUCUUCGGCCUGGCCAUCUUCUCUCUGGCCGUGGCCACCUGUCUGCUGGGCAUCACAGAGAAGCUCCUCUUCAGCAUCACGAGCACAUACUCCAAGUUUGCUCCAGAGGGGGUGCUGGCGAACACGCUCGGGCUACUGCUGGUAGGUUUCGGGGUCCUGGUGGGAUACAUCGUGACACGGGAGGAAUUCAGACGUCCCCCACACCCAGAGGAGGAGGCCCUCUCCAUGCACUUCAAGACCCUGACGGAGGGCGAAAGCCCCAGCUCCCCUUAGCACCUCCCCCCUUCCCAUCACCCCCAGUCCUGCCAGCUCUCUGCACAGCAUGCCGACAAAUCACGCACACAUCCAACAACGCCCCCUUGUGCCCAAAUGGAGGUAUCAUCCCAGAUUAGGGAGGGAAAGAUAUCUUCACAUGAUUGUCCAGUUGAAAUGAUUAUUGAUUUGGAGUAGAAUGAAGUAACAAUACAAAUGUAAUGCUUCAGUACUUUUUCAGAACCAAAGAGAUCCUUGCCUUUAGCUUCAAUCAGUGCCAUAUUGAAACACACUGACCGUACUGGACAAAUCAGUUCAAACGCAAAAACUGUCCUGAAGAGAGCCACAGAAGAGGAAAGCACGGGCAGCGGUGACUCUCUAAAUCCGUUUAAACACGACAGAUUCAUGUAAUAUAGAAUUAUUCAAUUUCAAUCAAUUGCAACACAUUCUCAGCUCCUCUGCUCUCCCCCAUAUGGUAGAAAGGCUUUAAUCAGGACUGAACAUUAAAUUGCUCUGUGCAUUUAUCUAAUUAGGGCAUCCAAAUAAUGAGACCGUUAGAACAGUGAAGAGCGCAUUUAAUUUCAGAGCUUAUGCGCUAUAGCAGACCUCCAGCACACCCAAUUACACCAGGAAAUGAGGUGAAGAAGCACACCCCACGGAGAUGGCUGUGAUAAUAAGCAAUGCCCAGUGGUUUGUGUUCAGUGUUCACUGAGGGAGCCUUCCAGGAUGACCAACACAAAGCAGUUUCAGAUUCUAAUACUGUGUUAAUUUAACUUGAGUGAGAUCAAAUCUCAAAAUAGAUCUUAUGCUAUAAUAUAUGAAAAAUAUGUACCACUAAAUUGACCCAUUUGUUUUUUUUGCCAUUAUCUGUCUGUAGUGUAAAUACACUGCAAAUUGAAAGGUAGUUGUUUAAUUUUAUGCGUUGGAAGCCUAACCUCCUUAUCCCAGUGUAUGCAUUGCGAACCUCCAUUUCUUACAUCCGUUACAGCUUGAAAGCUGGAAUGUAGGAGUGGUAUCCACCCCCCUGCUGCUACAGAAGGGACACAGCGCCCCGGGAAGUAAGGUACAUGACUGUGACUGCAGUCAUACACCUUACGACUGUGACUGCAAUCAUAUACCUUACCACUGUGACUGCAGUCAUACACCUUACGACUGCGACUGCAGUCAUACACCUAACGACUGCGACUGCAGUCACACACCUUACCACUGUGACUGCAGUCAUACACCUAACGACUGUGACUGCAGUCAUACACCUAACGACUGCGACUGCAGUCACACACCUUACCACUGUGACUGCAGUCAUACACCUUACGACUGCGACUGCAGUCAUACACCUAACGACUGCGACUGCAGUCAUACACCUAACGACUGCGACUGCAGUCACACACCUUACCACUGUGACUGCAGUCAUACACCUAACGACUGACUGCAGUCAUACACCUUACCACUGUCACUGCAGUCAUACACCUUACCACUGUGACUGCAGUCACACACCUUACCACUGUGACUGCAGUCAUACACCUAACGACUGUGACUGCAGCCAUACACCUUACCACUGUGACUGCAGUCAUACACCUAACGACUGUGACUGCAAUCAUACACCUUACCACUGUGACUGCAGUCACACACCUAACGACUGCGACUGCAGUCACACACCUUACCACUGUGACUGCAGUCAUACACCUAACGACUGCAACUGCAGCCAUACACCUUACCACUGUCACUGCAGUCAUACACCUUACCACUGUGACUGCAGUCAUACACCUUACCACUGUGACUGCAGUCAUACACCUAACGACUGCGACUGCAGUCAUACACCUAACGACGGUGAGUUCAGUCAUACACCUUACCACUGUGACUGCAGUCAUACACCUAACGAUUGUGACUGCAAUCAUACACCUUACCACUGUGACUGCAGUCAUACACCUAACGACUGCGACUGCAGUCACACACCUUACCACUGUGACUGCAGUCAUACACCUAACGACUGUCACUGCAGUCAUACACCUUACCACUGUCACUGCAGUCAUACACCUUACCACUGUGACUGCAGUCAUACACCUAACGACUGCGACUGCAGUCAUACACCUAACGACGGUGAGUUCAGUCAUACACCUUACCACUGUGACUGCAGUCAUACACCUUACGACGGUGACUUCAGUGACCGGUGACCUUACGACUGUGACUGCAGUCAUACACCUUACAACUGCCCUUUCAUACUCCAGAGAGGAGACGUAUAUAUGUAUGUAGCAACGUGGCAUUGAGCCUUAUGAUCUCAUAACCAUUUUGUGGAGUCACAGUUAUGACGCAACACUACGCUAUAGAGGGCAGGUGUUGUUGCUUGCAGGAGCAGGCGUGGUAAAUGGCAGUGUAAUUGCACUUUUUGUAUUUUCUGGCAGGCUGCGGUUUGUCCUUGUGGCUUUUUCAGUACGGUAUGCAAAACAAUUUUCAGCACCAGCACGCAGUGUCCGUGAAUCUGAAAGAGAAUCACUCAAAUGACGGCUUCAUUGUUUUGCCAUUUCAAUCUACUCCUUUUCAAAGAUGUAUGUAACCAUUUUGUGCUGGAUCUGAAUACGCUUGAUUAUGAUGUUGCCCUAAAAUUAAAGAUUGUGCCAUUAUGUUGAAACUGA